AUGUUCGCCCGCGCAGUCCGCCCCGCCCUCGCCACCGCCAGGAAUGCCCACCAGCAACAGGGCAUGGCCACCCUCAGGGAGAUCGAGCAGAGGUUGAAGUCUGUCCGAAACAUUGAAAAGAUCACCAAGUCUAUGAAGGUCGUCGCUUCCACCAAGCUCACCCGUGCCGAGAAGGCCAUGCGAGAGGCCAAGAAGUACGGUGCCGCCAACAACGCAGAGCUCUUCAAGCACGCCGAGGUCGAGUCCGAGGCCGACCCCAAGAUCCUCUACAUCGGCAUCACCUCCGACGGCGGUCUCUGCGGUGGUAUCCACUCCUCCAUCUCCCGAUUCAUCAAAAAGGAGAUCACCAAGACCCCCGGUACCCUCGCCGUCAUCGGCGACAAGCCCAAGGCCCAGCUCUCCCGUGCCGUCCCCCAGGCCUUCAAGAUCUCCUUCAACUCCAUCGGCAAGGAUGUGCCCACUUUCGCCGAGGCCAGUGCCGUCGCGGACGAGAUUGUCAAGCACGGCGGCGAGUGGGACCAGGUCAAGAUUGUGUCCAACCACUAUGUCUCGGCUAUUUCGUACGAGGCGGGGAUCACUUCGGUGAUUUCGGCCAAGGCGCUGCAGGCGGCGGCUGGGUUCCAGGCGUAUGAGAUGGAGGAGGACGUGAGCAAGGACCUUGCCGAGUUUGCGCUCGCCAAUGCGAUUUACACUGCUUUGGUUGAGGGUCACGCUGCGGAGAUUAGUGCUAGGAGGACUGCCAUGGAGAACGCUUCCAACAACGCUCUCGACAUGAUGGGUUCCCUCCAGCUCCAGUACAACCGUGGACGACAGGCCGUUAUCACCAACGAGCUUAUCGACAUUAUCACUGGUGCUUCCGCUCUCUAA